AUGAUUUUCAAGUAUAUUUUCCCCGCUACUCUUCUUGCAUCGGGAGUCCUUGGAGAAGCCGAAUUCGUUACGGUAACAAAAGUUCAAUCUCUUGUUGUUCGCGAUACAGAACCCUGCAACAAAACUCCAGCCGGCGGAAUACCCCCCUUCUGUAUGACAGAUUUAGGUACUUUCAAUCCGAGCGCCACAUACCAAGGUACCGGCAGAACAACGUCGUCGGCAGCAAUAACGGCACCGGCACCAUCAUGUUCUCUGCACGAAGCAGACCCCGACGAAGGCGUAGACAAGGCUUUCUGCUUGUGCAACUCCUCAACUCUCCCCAUCCUCUCAGUUGAUCUGGCAACUGCGACUGGCCCAGACGCAAGUUGUGCGUACACGACAAUGCCCGGCGCAUCAGCAACAAUUACUACAGACACAGCACUGGGCCCGGCCUCGACAAACUCAGCAUUGUGCCAAGUAUGCUCCCUGGCAGUUGUGAACGAAGACUCCUGCACCACCAUUCCCAACUGCCUACCUCAAGCAGCACAAGCUUCAGUUCAAGCCGGCUCGUCGCCCGUCCACGUCGGGACGCUCACCGGAACAGCUCUAUACACGAGUGUCUCAAGUGCACUUGAGAAGCUCUGCCCUCCCGUCACACAAACAAACUCCGCAACCAAGUGCUCAGAAACCGACACGAUCAAGAUCGGGAACAUCCAAGCGGUAGAAGACGAGAGUCUGACGACCGGCGAGCUGGACGUCACCGUCAAGGAUAGUUCAUACAAUGCUACUUCUCUCCGCGACGCCAUGAUCCAGUCCGCUGCACUCACGUUCCAGAAUAGCGCUACAGGCAAGAAUUGCUAUAAUGCUACUUAUACGACGGAGGAGGCAAAGAAGCGGUCGAAUUUGGAUUGGUUCAAGGAUUCUGUAGGACUUGCGAGCCGUGACCACCCGUAUCCGGUGCAAGAGACUAUCCAACUCUGCAAUGCUGGUGAUUUUGCUGGUGUGCAGUAUUUCAGCCAGUUCUGGCGGACAGCUCCUCAGCCCGGCGCGACGGAUUAUCUUGAUGCCAACAUCGCAUUUGAAUCCAGUGGUUCGGACUUUUGGUGUGAGUUUUUGGCAGAUUUGAUGGAUGAGUUGGUCGUGGUUGCGCCGGAAUUUGCGGUUGAGGAUGUGGAGCUUGGAGAGGAGAUUCGAGCGAUAUGUGCGGGGGAUUUCAGCACAAUCACUGGGUAG